GGAACCAUCAUGAUAUUCUAGUGAAAUUCCAAUGUUCCUACCAGGAGAACUGUGGCCACUCAAAGAAUCCAGCACACGAGGAAGGAAGGAAGCUGACAACAUGAUUUUUAAUAAAUGAAUUCAAAAAAGAACACAAACCUCUGAUAAUUAAAAAAGGAAAAAAAAUGUCGUCUUCUACCUCCUCCGCUGCUCUUCUCCUCCAUGGCCGCCUCCACUCCCGUUCCCCUCCGUCAAAGGCGCGAGCUUUCGUCGCUCCCCCCAGCAACCCAUCCCGACCCGCGGCCUCCGCCUCCGCUCGACCCUCGCCGGCACGGGCGCCUCUCCUCGCCGCCGCCGCCGCAGCUUCCGGCGGCGAGCGGGACAACCGCGUUCAGGAGCUGAGGGUGCCCGAUUCCUGGCUGACGCCUGAGGGAGCGGCGCAGGAAUCGGAGUGGCUGAGGGAGACGCUGCACAGGUGGCUGGACGACGAGUACUGCCCGGAGCCGGCGAACGUGGACAUCAGCCGCACCGCCGCGCGGUCGUACCGCGAGUCCCUGGCGGCGCGGCGGUCGGACCUCGGGGAGAUCCUGCUGAAGAUGGCCGGCGACCUCGAGGCGCUGUCGUACCGGGAGAGCUUCCACGGCGCCUUCUCCGCCGCCAACGCCGCCGUGCGCCUCAUUACGCAGAGGAUGGAGGAGUUGUCUGGCGAUGGCCCGUGAUCUGUAGGUUCUGCUUUGAGCUGUACUGAUCCAGUACAAGCGCUUGUUCAUGGGCGGGUAGCUGAUCUUCAGUUCAGGCAUGAAUGCUGUGGUUCUCAAUUCUGAAACGGUAGGCUGUGUGCGUGUACUUCUGAAGAGCACCUUCACCUCAGAGAAUCUGUCGUUGAAAAUGGGAAGAAUAGGUUUGGAACUUCGAAUUUCAGUUGAAAGAACCAUUUUUAUUGAAGUUAUUA